AUGGCUCCCGGUCUUGUCUCUCCCGCUCCGGGAAACCUCUCCUCUUCUUUCUACAAUGAACGCCCUGGCGGCUCUCGCCAGGUUUCCAGCUUCUCUGCCCAUUUUGACAGUGAUAGCACCUCUCAAAAUGGCCGCUCUUCCCGCCGAGAAUCUUUUAUGCCUCGCGGAAAGUUCAAUGGCCUGGGAAGUCCUUCCGAGCUCCAGAGCCACGUCAAUGGCCUGUACCUGCGAAGUGGCAAUGAGCUUGGAGCUCAUGCAUCAUCCAGGCUCUCGAGCAGUAGCUAUGAAUCCCUGAAAGAGUGGAUUCGUGUUCAGCGCAUGAGUCACCUCCCUCCCGAGGGAAGCCACUACGAUAAGGUCUUGUCCUGGGCAAAGCUGUUCAUUGACCGUCUGAACCACUUUGAUGAUGGUGUCAGCCAGUUUUACGAUCACGGCUACGGUGCCACUCAGCUUUCAUAUGGCUACUGCGGUAUUCUGCUGGAGCUUGGCAAGGAGCACGCCUACACUUUGAUGACGUCUUUUGGAUUCUUCUACAGCAUCUCUGCCUCCCUUGUUAAUCUGCUUGAGCGUACCGAGUUGUUUGCGGUUUCGCAAGAGAUCAAGGAGCAGCUAGUCUUUGCACUGGGUGACUUGGUGACCUUGAUUCACGAUGUCGCUACCUAUUUCCACCAGGUUGCUAGCGAUCCAGCCAGCCCCUCGGUCUCUAUCAACAUCUAUGACGCUUUCCAUGGUUCAAUCUUUGCAUUCAAGGACCGCUGUGCCCGCAUUACCGAAGCUAUGUGGCACCACCAGCUUGCUGGAAAGGGUCUGGACGCUGGACUUUUGACCACCGUCAAGGACAUCCGCUCCUGGCUUGCCCCCGAGGACCGUGUUCUGGCCCACCUGGCCGAAAACACCUCUCACCUCGCCCAUGAGCGUGAGGAGAUGACCUGCGUUUGGGUUGCUCCUUAUCUGACCAACUUCCUGAAAAGCCAAAACCGUACUCUUGCUAUCACUGGUAAGCCUGGCUCAGGAAAGACUGUCACUGCUUCAGUUCUUCACGAUCGUCUGCAGGAUCCUGUUGGUGGCGUUCAUUACAAGACUCUUUACGUUCCCAUCAACGCCCGAGUUCCUGCUGAGACCACACCCAUUGCGAUUGCGAAGACCAUUCUCUUUCAACUCUUCGAGAAGCGUAUUGGCAACGUUCAACUGCUGAACAUUCUCGGCGAAGCUUAUGAACAGAGCAAGAAGACCACCGGCGAGUCCGAGUACCAGGGUAUUCUCUGGACUGCCCUUGAGCGCGGCUUGGCUGCCGCUCUUCGUAACGCCAAGGAGCUUGUUAUCAUUGUCGAUGGUCUUGAUGAGGCUGCUGGUGGCGAGGAAUCUUUGCUGCAGAGCUUGAUUACUGCUACCGCCAAUGGCAGCAAUGUGAAACUCAUCACUCUGGGUGCUGAGAAGCCUAAGAUCACCGAGGGUGUGUUUCAUGUCCCUAUCACUGAGUCCCGAAUUGCCGAUGAUAUCUCUAUUGUUGUCCGUGCUAGCCUGGAGGAGCACAAGACCUUCCUUUCUCUGUCCGAACUGGAGCAGGAGACUAUCAUUGACCAGAUUGCCGAGGCCUCUCAUGGUUCCUUCCUCUGGGCCAAGCUUGCCGCUAAGCGCGUCCGUCACGAGAGCUCCCCAGAUGCUCUCCACAAGGCUGUUGAGAAGAUUACCAACGGCAAGGCCCCGAUUAACGAGUUUGUCUUUAAUGCUACUCAAUCUCCUGAUGUUAGCGAUGAGGCUCGCCAAAUUCUGCUGUGGCUUGCUACCUCAGACCGUCCUUUUACUCUGAAAGAACUUUCCACCUUGGUCUCAAUCGACGCUACCAAGCAGACUGUCACCGAUCGCGUGUUCAAGCCUCGGGAUACACUGCUCCCUGUAAACAGCCUGGUCUUCAUUCAGGAUGGCCAAAUCGGUUUGCGUCACGGCCUCAUCCGUUCCGCUCUCCAGGAUAUUCACUCUCAAGGAAAGCUGGUUCCUACAAUCAAGGACCGCCACGCUGACUUUGUCACUCGUCUUUUCAUCUAUAUCAAGACUGUUCUCCCUGAGCAGAAUGAGCCUUCUCUUCGUACGCUUGACCACAGUGAUACUUCCCUUCAGGUGCAGAGGAACCCGCUGCUCGACUUUGCCAUCCGUUACUGGCCUCGUCACCUCACGCAGACUACUGUGUACACCACUGGUGGCGAUGCCCCUACAGCCAAGGAGUUCAGCAAGAUCUUCCCUGCCACUAUUACCCUUCUUUUGCUUCAGAACACAUUGUGGCGCACUAUCAUCACACCGACAUUUGUGCUCUACCAGACAACCGUCACUAAUCUCUGUCGCACUAUCUUGACAACAAAGAGCCGGGUGACCCUACAGUCAAUCAUCUCACUGGCUUUCCUGUACCGUGAUAUUAGCUUGGUUACCGACUCGAUUCCUCUCUUCUACGAGAUCACACUUCUGAGUCGGGAUCUCCUCAAGACUGAGCACACCGUGACCAUGAAGCUCUCCAAUAUCUUCCUUGAGUUGACUUCGCAGCUCACCACUACCUCCCGCACUGAUAUUAUGAUCAAGCGCGAGGAGAUCCUUCUUCUGGUUGUCGAAAGCUACAAGAUCGUCUAUGGUGAGAAUUCUGAGCAGGUCACCAGCACCCUGAAGCUUCUUGUUGAGCACUACCGCGCCACCAGUGAGGAGAAGAAGGUGCAAGAAAUCACCGCCAUCAUCACCAAGAUUAACACCUCCUACCACGCUGAUGACGCUCAGGAUGUUUCAGUUCACAUCAAGGGUCGUAAGGAGCAUGAACAUCAUGACCUUGGAAUUCGAUGGGUCUUAGAUGUUGAGCACGAUGAAUCUGUUGAUGAGAGCUUCGACUACGACGCUCUCGUUCAACUGGCCGAGAAGUACCGCGCCGAGGGCAAGAUUACCGAGGCUGAGCGGAUCUACGUUGAAAUCUGGCAGCGCACCAACAAGGAGUGCCGUAUUCAAUCCACUUCUUUCUGGGAGGAGACCAAGCUUAAGGCUGUCAUUGCUUAUUCCAAGUUCCUCAAGGUGACCAAGCGCGAGACUGAGGCCUCUUCCAUUCUGUCUAGUGUUUGGGAGGAGCACCGCCAUACUAGCCUGGCCCUUUCCGAGAAGUCUUCCGAGCACUUCAAGGAAAUCGCCACUGUGAUGGCCUCCGUUGGUCUCUCUGCUGCUGCCCUGUCUAUUUUCAAGCAGGUCUCUCACUACUACAAGAGCACAAGCAAGUCCUCUCACUUUGAGGAGAUUCAAAAGAGCAUUUCCAGCACUCACGAACAGGUUGUGAAGUCGGCUAGUUCUUCUCACUCGAGCUUCUCCGAGUCUACUCUUGAAGAGAUCAUUGAAGAGUCUUUCGUUUCCGGCAAGAUUAGCGAAAGCUCCUUCACUGCUACCACCACCCUAGUCGAGCAGUUCACCUCCCAGCACCGCUGGAAGGAUGCCACCCGUGUGAUCAAGAAGGUCCUCAAGGGCCUCUGGCCAAGUCUGUUUGCCCCCACUAUUCAAGAUGUCUCCGUUCCUACUCAAAACCCUGACAAGGCGAUUCACUAUGCCGAGCGCCUCGCUCAGUGCUAUCACUACCGCCGCCGCUUUGCGCGCGAGGAGAACAUUCGCGUUCGCGUUUACCGCGCCGUCCGUGCCUCUCGCCCUGUGGAAGACAACGUGCGGGCGCGAGUGACCGAGGCCUUGGUUCUCUUUUUCGAUCGCUCCUCCCAGCCCGACAAGGUUAUCAGCACUCGUCAGGAGAUUCUUGACGAUUACACCGCCCAUUACGGCCCUGAGCACCCUUCUGUCAUUAAGCUUCUGUGGACCUUGGCUGAGCUCACUCGUCCUCGUCCAAUCUUCGUCGAUUACUACCAGCGCAUUAUUCAGGCAUUGAACAAGGGAUCACCAACUACCUGCAAGCCAGAGGCUUUGGAACCACUUGUUCUCGUUUCCACUGAGCUUUGGACUCAGAGCCGCUACUCCGAGGCUGUGUCUUACUUCACCCUGCUGUUCACCACCUUCCUGAGCCAGCCCAAACAACCCGUGUUUGAGAAGCCUUCCUCUGUGCAGGAGAUCUUCACUCGCUACAUGCACUGCCUGCGCACCGUUCGCGCUGAGUACAAGACCAUCCAUAAAGUCACCAUUGACUACCAAUCCAAGGUGAAGACCGUGUUUGGUGCAACUGCUUCGAUCACCAUUCAAGCUACUCUUACUCUUGCUCGGGUAUGCCAGGAGUCCAAGCGCUACGAAGAUCAGGCUAUCUCUCUGUACGAGGAGUUGCGCAAGACUGGCUCUCAGGAGAUUGACAUUGACGAGAUCACCGCAAUUUUGGACGGUAUCUACGAGGAGCAGACUUCCCUUGUUACAUCCAGCACCGAGUCUGUCUCCAAGGAGCGGGUUGAGACUGCCUCCAAGAUCCUUCGCAAGCGUAUGGUUACCACACGCAAACAGGGCUGGGCUCACGAGGAGUCUCUGUCCCAGCUCAAGGAGUUUGUUUCCUUCCAAUCCAAGUUCAGCUCCAAGGAAUCCGUCCUCAGUGAGUUGAAGGAAUCAACUGUGAACAUCCUUCGCGAGGAGAGUUCCUCUACUCGCCUGGUUUCUGCUGCUGCUGUCAUCGCUAGCAGCUACAUUGCUACCAGCCAGGUUCACAAGGCCGUUGAGUUGUCUGAGGAGCUGUACCGCCAGGUUGUGAUGAAGGAUACCACCAACACCAAGACUUCUCAGUUCGAUCUAACUUCCAAGAGUCGCCAGAGCCUCGUCUUCCUGGCUCAGCUGGAGCACAGCCUUCGCAAGCAAACCACCAGCAUCACCGACAUUCUUGCGUCUCUCACUACUGAAUACGUCUACUUCGAGGAGUUCCGUAGCUACACCUCAAGCAAGACUGCCUCCUUCCACAGUGUGACUCUCUCGGCUUCUCGUCUUUACUGGUUCUUGCACAGUGCCCAGCGCCAGGCUGCUGCCAUCCACGUCUUUGACGAGUUUGUAGCUUACUUCUUGGCCACCGAGGGUAAGCGUACCAAGCUCACCAACGCGGCUCAGGUCAAGGUCUUCCUUACUGUCAUCUUGGAGCACUUCCACUCCCACCAGUCUUCUAACUUCGUUCGGUCCGUCGGUAUUGCCAGCAACCUGCACGUAAUUAAGUUCCUCGAGGCCAAGAAGUACGAGGAGGCCUCUAACCUGGCUCUCGCUGGCUUCCAGUACAUUGCUGCCCACGAUGGCUUCCGCACUCCCGACGUCAUCAAAUUCGUGUUCACUUUGGGUAUCGCCAUCACCGGUCGUACUGUCAGCCCUAAGCCCGAGGUCUCUGUCCUGAAGAAGCUCCAAGGGACUUCUACUCCCAUCCUCAAGGAGGCUCUCCAUGUCAUCGGCGAUCUGAAGAUCAACCUCUCCCAGAUCAGCCUCGAUUACUUGAACAUCCUGAUUGCCAUUCUUGGCGAGCAGAAGGACUACAAGACCCUUGUCUGGCUGCUCAGCAGCCUCUGGGCCAGCCGCAACCAGCAGGUCACCUGGCCCGCCCAAGUUACCCUUGGUCUCGCUCGUCGCUACAUCUUGGCCCGCUACCUGGUUGGCGAUCUCAAGUCUGCUCGUCUUGCUGAGGAUAUUGUGUAUAACUGUCGCCGUGUCAACGGUGCAAGCCACUCCAGCACCCUGGAGAUGUCCACUUUGCUCACCCAGCUGUACACUGGUAUUGCGCAGCAGUACCAAAGCCAGAAAGGUGGCCAGCACAUGGCUAACAAGUACUACAAGAAGAGCGCCAACCUCCACGAGAACUUGCUCCGUAUCUUCAUCGACUCUGAGUUCGCUGAGUUCGAGGGUGGUCUUGACCAGAGUUUCAGCAUGGAUGGCUCUGCUUUUGAUCUGAACAUUGAGGAGACCCCAACUGGCUCUGGCCUCUCUGAGGCUGACCAUGUUCGCCAGCACCUCAACUUGCUUAAGCUGUCUGCUCAGCGUCUGGGUGAUUUCCCCAAGGACGCCGCUGAGUAUGAGCGCCUGAACAAGGAUAUCUUUGACGCUUUCGGUGACGACAUCAAGGGCGCUGAGGGUAUUGAGAAGUGGAACCUGAAGGGCUUCGGCUCUGGCAAGGCUUCUGGCACUGAGGACACUCUGAUCCCUGAGGCCAUCACUUGGGAGCUUGAGUAUGCCCAGUCUUCCGCUGUUGAGGAGGAGCUGUAA